CGCGGGUCCGCCGAGUAUGGAAUCAUCGCAGUCUUCGGCUGGGCCUGAGGGCGAAUGUGACGGUGAGGUGACGCAGGAGAUGUUGGAGGCGCUACGAGGGGAGUUCGAGCAACACACCCAGAGGGUGCUCAAUGGAUUGACGGAUGGAUACAUGGACGGUUGAAUGGAUGGGUGGCUGUAUGGUCUCCUUGUACAGAUGGAGGCGAUGUAUCGUGAGGAGAUGGAUAGGAUCAAGACGCUCGAGCGGCUGCACGCACAAGUAAGUAGAUCACCCGCUGCGCGGGCUGCGGCGGCGGGCAUGUGCUGGGAUUUCUGCACUCGCUGUUGUUGUGCGCAGAUGGGGGAGGCUUGCCGUAAGGAGUUGCUGCGGAUCAAGACGGUCGAGCAGCAGUACGCACAGGUAGGAGGGCAGAUCAUCCACAGAUCUUCCAUUUGUUUGUGUCCGUCUUGUGCAGGAGUUGGUGACAUUGAAGCGUCAGCUUGAGGAGGAAGCUGCUCAGAGGCGGAUGCAAGUGCAGGUGCGUCGUGCGUCUGUCAGAAAGGAGUCUGUUAUGAUAUGUGGAAUAUCCCUGUGUCAUGCAUGCGUUUAGGCACUGCACAGGCAUGUCGUUGAUGAGGUGACGACGGCCGUGCAGGUCGGCUUCCAUGACGACAAAGAGGAGCUGAAGACAGACCUACUUCAGAGGCUCAGGGCGAUGGACCUCCCUCUCUCAGGGCGAUGCGACUUGCUCCACGAGAGAGUCGACAACAGCAAAUCGGUAGGCAGACCUGCACAACAUACCCGCUCUGAUUCAUUGUUGUGGCUGCUCGUUGCAGCACGAAGGCGCGAAGCUCAAAGCGGCCUCUCAACACAUUUGCAUUCCAGGCCAGCAGGUAAGAAACAUGAGCAUCCGCGAACGCUGCCCACAUUUGUGUGUGUGUGUGUGUGUGUCGCGCGCAGUUUUUGCGUUUGUCAUCUCGCCUUGGCAGCUAUCGUGCUCUGCAUGAUUGGUUGAGCCGCUUCAUGGACAUCAAGUCGAUCAACCUAUUCUACAAGUACUGACACUAGACACCGCACGCACCCAUUUGAUUUCGGGCAUGUGCACCUUUCAGGUCGUCACGGGAUGGUUUCAAGUACCCCACGUUCCUCGACAAAACUCAUGGCAUCUCCAGACUGCUGCUGCUGAUGCGCGAUGGGCCCACCCACCUCCUCGCCUGCACCGUCGACGGCCCGCUGGCAGAGGGCAAGAAGACCCGCUGCCUGGUCUCCUUCUACGCCAUCACCGGGCCGUAUGACUCACCCACCAAGAUCACCACCCCCGCAGAUGGCGGCGGGCAACGACAAUACCUGCCGUAUGUGGCGCUGGCGGGACGGGAGGAGUUGCGAGGCGGAGAUGGGCAGCCGAUCGCCCAUGUGUCCAUCGGUGUGGAGCAUGGACCAGCUGUCUGGCUCGGCUAUACACAGCCCGACCCGGCAGCUGAUCUCACCAGCUGCUACAUGAGAGCCACACGGCUUAGCUUGCCAGACGGCUAUUGAGGGGAGGUCGAGGAAGGCCGCUGCCCACUGGCGGGACGCGUGCAGUUCUCCAUCACCGAGAUGGAAGUCUGGGAGCUCACCUAGGUAAGAAAAGACCCCAAAAAUCAAGAGGAUGGCAGAUGUUGGUUGUGCACUGGUUGGUCCGGGCAAUGGUCCUUUAUUGCUGUCUGUCAGGUGUAGAAGCUACUGAUCGAAGCGACACUUGUGUCCAAUUUCACUCGUUACGAUACAGUACCAACAGACAGACAGACAGACAGACUCUUGUAUGACUGCAUGCAUCCAUGCACACAGAUUGCGGCGGCAUGUAUGUGGGUAUGGGUGUGCAUGUGUACCGGUGUGGCUGGCUUUUACGCUAUGUACCUUCGCACAAUGAAGGCUUCUUGGUUUAUGCGUGCAAACAGAGAGAAACACAACUCGCGUUCAAUCGGUCACUGACGCGUUUGUCAGUGGGCGAUUGUCGCAGCGACUUGCACCGACAAACAAGAGGCUUCCAAGAAGGCUGUAGCGAGACAACGCCUAGAGCGGUUUGUCUUUCCCCUGCCGGGCUCGCCUCUUGGUGGAUGUCAGGGGUCUUGUGGUCAUAUGAUAUAUCCUUGCACAAUCCCAUCAAUGAAUCGCCGACGGACAGAAGAGACGUCUCGUACGUUUGUCACUCGUCACUCGUCACGAGGCGCGGUGAUUCUCUGCUUCUGUGCCGCCUUUUUUCCCGCCAUCCUUCU